ACACGAAACAGUAAAACUUCACCAUCUGAAGAAACCAAACUAAGACUAAAGAUUACACGUUUCAUUGCAACAUAAAUCAUCCUGUUUUCGCCCUAAUUGAUUUGUUCAGAGUAUUUUCCAUUGAUAAUUCAAAUAUACUAUCGAUUGAUAAAGUUUUCGCUCGUGAUCCGUAUUUUACAAAGUAUGAUAAAUCUCAAAUGAGUCAGAUUUAACUACAAUGUUGCCUUAAACACGUUAUAGUCUUCAUUAUACAAACAUCUUCUUUGUAUUUACCUGAGCCAGACAAAAAUCAAUGGAUAAAAUUAAACUCGUUCCGAGACAAUUUUAAAUCCAUUUAUGAAAAACUUAAAGUUUGAUGUUUUUCAUAAAAUUUCAUCAAUCGGUUAAUAUAUGUUUUAAUCAAGUAAAAGAGUGAUUUACACCUUGACUAUUAUGGCGAUUAAGUUUCCGUCUUACAGAAGAAAGGUUGCGUUGAUAUUGGCAAUCAUAGAGUGCUUCGUGUUCGCCGGCACUAUCUUCGGGUGGAACUCGCUUACCCACGUGUUCCAGUCGCAGGGCUAUUUCAAAUCAGAUGCCGACUAUAACUACAUUUCCCAACAUCCUCUCAACUCAUCUUCGUCUCAUUCAACGGACGACCAACCCCACCCAACUCACCUCCCCCACAAAACUCUUGUGACAUAUGUGGAUGAGGAGCAAGACAGGAUGUUUAACCUGGUCUUCAUCUGGGCUCUGUUCUUCUUAAAUGCAUCCACUAUGGGCACUGGGUGGCUGUUUGAUGAAUACGGAACACGGAGGUCCAAAAUUGUGCUCAUAAUAUGUCUUGCCUUUGGCUACAUCUUAUUCGGUCUCAGCUCAACAGAAACUCCUUGGCUUCUGUUUCCUGCUUCUGUGAUUGUAUCUGUCUGUGGAAAUGGACUCAUGAUCACAAACGUCCACAUUGGCAACAUGUUCAUCCAACGCCGUUCUCUUGUCAUUUCUCUCCUCUACGGAUUUUUCGACUCCUCUGGAUCAGUUGCCCACAUUGUGAAUAUCCUGUUCGACUGGGGAAUCUCAACCAGGGUCAUAUUCUACGCGUGGGCUGCCAGUUGUGGCUUUCUGUUGAUUAAUACCCUGAAGAUACUUCCAGCUGGAAAGAUAUCCUGGCCACCCCCCAAGGAGUUUUUGGAUGUGACUGAAUUGAGCCGACAGUCAUCUGGGUCGAAACAGAAGAACAAAUCGAAAUCAGGAGGAGCCCAUUCCAAUAAUCAGAACAGGAAUACACAUCAUGGUAGCUCAAACAGGAAUAACUUACAGGUGCCGACACUGUCCAAAGCACAGUCUUACAACUUCAGCAUGAUGCUGGUAACAGAAGACCCCAGAUUCAAAUCAUACGCAGACGAUGUCAACGCCAAUGGUACUAUUGCAAUACAGACUGACAAUUUCGGAAGGGCAUCUGCCAGUAAUGUUAAUCUUCAACUGGCACUGAGGGAAAAUAGACCCGCUGGCUUAUCAAAUGGAUCCAUUAAUGCAAAUCUUAACGCAGAACCCUGUCCCCGUCUAUCGAGUAUUUUCUGCAGCAGCACUUUCAUCUUCCAAGUGGUGUGGUUCCUGUCUCUCUCCUUCAUCUGCAACUUCUACAUUGGCACAUACUACUUCUGGGUCAAACACCUCACAGCACAGAACCAACACUACUCCUUAUACUAUGAUGAACACGUGGAGAAAUACACAUCUGCGUUCCAGUAUGCCCUGCUCACUGGUUUUCUCUGGUGUCCUAUAGCUGGACUAGUCAUGGACAGACACAGAAAAGACGACAAAAUGUUCACUCGCGAGGAGGAAAUGGAGUACGUGGUGUUCCCUCUUUUCUUGACCUCUAUCCUGGCCCUCGUAUUCCAGGGUUCCCUGCUGUUGGGGGGAUUGUGGAUGCCCGUACUGUAUGUAUCUACCGUGCUCAUGGCUACUAUGCGAGGCUUCCUCUACACUUUAGGGGGCGCGUAUUUCCUUCUAGUAUUUCCCACUAAGUUCUUUGGCAAAUUGGUGGGCGCGGAAGUGCUGAUAUCUUCAUUCACUGUGUUUGGCCAGUACUUCUUGCAGAAUUUCGUCAGAGACAAACUGGCUGGCGAUCCAUUUUUGGUACAUCUGUUCCUGGUGCUGCUGGCAGUGAUCUCUUUUAUCCACCCAUUGAAUCUAUUCUGUCUCAAUUUCCACAGGAAGCAGAAGAAGAAAUGGCAGCAGAGAAGAUUGGCUCAUCUUCAGAGUGACGAACGGGUCAUAUACGCCUGAUAUAUUUAACUAACAUAUGAAUUCACAUGGUGACCGGCAAAAAAAACGACAGCCGUUAGGACGACAAUCGUUUGUGAUGGUACGACUUUAAGACGAUGCUACACACAAUUCUCCUUAUUCUAAUUCUGAGAAUUUUAAACCGCUUAAAUUCGAACUGCUCAUUUUACA